AUUCUUUAGCCAUUUUGAGUUUUGGUCAUAACUCCUUGACACAAAAAGAAACAGAGAGAAAGAGAGAGAGAGGAGGGAGAAGAAACCAGAGAAGAAGAGGUUGAAACAAAACCUUUCUUUUCUUGUUCAUUAUCCUUCUCAAUAUUUGGCAUUAAGGUCACACCCAUUUCACAUAUCUUUUUCUGCUACUUAUUUUCUCCAUUCAAACAUAUUCAUAAGCAGGUUACAUUCAAGAAUUUCAUAUUCUAAUUGAACAAGUGAAAUUGAUCUUGAAAAGAAACAAUGUCACAAAGUACAUUAAGAAGAGCUAUUGGAGCAGUGAAGGAUCAAACAAGCAUAGGCCUAGCAAAAGUUGGAAGCAGCUCUUCACUAGGUGACCUUGAAGUUGCCAUUGUAAAAGCAACAAAACACUCGGAAAAUCCCGCUCAUGAGAAACACGUCAGAGAGAUUCUAAGUCUGACGUGCUACUCACGCGCGUUCAUAAGUGCUUGUGUCAACACUCUCUCGAAGCGUUUGAGUAAAACGAAUAGUUGGACGGUUGCUUUAAAGACACUUGUAUUGAUUCAAAGGUUGACAUCCGAAGGUGAUCCUGCUUAUGAACAAGAGAUAUUCUUCUCAACUCGAUGUGGAACUCGACUUUUAAACAUGUCUGAUUUUAGGGACAAGUCUAAGACGAAUACGUGGGAUUACUCUUCGUUUGUUCGUACGUAUGCGUUGUAUCUAGACGAAAGGCUUGAGUAUAGAAUGCAACAUAAGCGUGUAAGAAGUGGCAGGUUUUCGUAUGAAGAAGACGAGGAAGAACAAUCAAAGGAAAAAGAAAGAAAUAGAGAAAGAGAUAAAGAUGGAAAAAUGAUUGUGAAGUCAAUACCAUUGGUUGAAAUGAAGACGGAACAACUCUUUUCUAGAAUGCAGCAUUUGCAGUUGUUGCUUGAGCGUUUUAUGGCUUGUCGUCCAACAGGUAGAGCAAAGACUCAUAGAAUUGUGAUAGUGGCACUCUACCCCAUUGUGAAGGAAAGUUUUCAAAUAUAUCAUGACAUGACACAAAUACUAGGUGUCUUCAUUGAUCGGUUCACUCAGAUGGAAAUACAAGAAUGUUACAAGGUGUAUGACAUUUUUUGUCGCAUCGGAAAACAAUACGAUGAACUCGACUUGUUUUAUAUCUGGUCUAAAAGUAUUGGAGUCGGGCGUUCUUCUGAGUAUCCAAAUAUUGAAAAAGUCACAACAAAGAAAUUAGAAAUCGUUGAUCAGUUCAUCAGAGACAAAUCAUCACAAAAAGAAAAAAUGAUUACACAAGAAAUACCGAAAGAAAAAGAAGAAGAAAAAGAAGUAGAAGAGGAUAUGAAUGAAAUCAAAGCACUUCCGCCACCGGAAGGAUUCAACGAAGAACCGAUAGAGAAAGUUGUGAAGGAAGAGAAAGAACAAGAACAAGAGAUAAAGGAAGAAAAAAUAGUUCAAACAGAAGGUGAUUUGUUAGGUUUAGGUGAUAAUAUGCAAGAUUAUAAUGAAAACAAACUAGCAUUAGCAUUAUUUGAUGGUGAAUUAUCAACAACAACGAAAACAACAACACAGGCUCUUCCAUGGCAUGUUUUUGAGGAUGAAUCUGAUUGGGAAACAUCACUAGUUCAAUCAAGUAGUAACUUACCAAAUCAGAAACCAUCAUUAGGUGGUGGAUUUGACACAUUGUUAUUGGAUAGCAUGUAUGAACAAAAUGUAGCAACAAAGCAAGGAAUGAAUGGUUAUGGAAGUGCUAGUAGUGUUGCAAGAGUUUCAGUGGCUCCAAUGUUAGCAUUACCAGCGCCGCACCCAUCGAGGAAUGGUUCUGAAGAUCCAUUUGCAGCAUCAAUGGCUGUGGCACCACCAGCUUAUGUGCAAAUGUCAGAGAUUGAGAAAAGACAAAGGUUGUUACUUGAUGAACAAGCAAUGUGGCAGCAAUAUGCAAAAAGUGGAAAGCAAGGACAUGUUGGAUUUCAAACACAACAACCACCUAAUAAUUUUUACAUGGGAGGGUAUCAGCAAAAUCAUUAUGGGGAUUAUUAUCAUUAACUAGGAAUAAUGUUUCAUUAGUUUGUACUAACUUAACUCCUUCUCCCUCUUCUCCCUUCUUUCCAAUGUGAAGUAAAAAUUAAUUGGACAACUAUAGAAGAACUUUAUAAGCUUCUUGCAAAUGAAGUGCACCAUAUUAUAACACAUACUCCAUUAAUAGUAGUUAUCUUUUUCUUUGAA